UGGAACUUCAGUCCAAACACGGCAGUGCGCAUGCGCGCCGGGGCAGUGACGUGUCUGAAUUGUCAAACGGGAUGUAAAAAUGGGCGAAAAGCGUCCGGAUAAACGUACCAACCAGGUUAGCAGCCGUCGGGAGGGUUCGGCCCCCGGGAUCAGCACCUAGCGCCGCCGCCGGGCGGGUCCGAGCGGGCGGAGCCCAGAGGAACCGGUUUGACUCACUUUCGGACCGGACACUCCGGGAUCCGUCGAGCUAACUUAGCGACAGUUGGGCUAACGGGAGUCGGAGCGUAGCAUGGUGCCGCCGGCGGAUGACAACUGACGGAACCUAAGCCGACCGGGUCAGUUCUGCUUCCUAUCCGGGCCCGAACUCACAGAACCGGAGCAGCCGAGCGGGCGGCGGGAUGUCCCGGAGGCGGCUGGACAGCCGCGGCGGGCUCUCCGCCGGGCUGCUGGCCGAGAGCCAGACCCCGAUCAGCCCCGAGCCGCUGGAGAGCGCCUACGAGGUGACCGGAGAGCUGGGCAGGGGGAAGUUUGCGGUGGUGAAGCGCUGCGUGGAGAAGAACACGGGGAAGAUCUUCGCCGCCAAGUUCCUGAGGAAGAGGAGGAGAGGCCGGGACUGCCGGGCCGAGGUGGUACACGAGAUGGCGGUUCUGGAGACGGCCCGGUUCAGCCCGCGGGUCGUCAAGCUGUACGCCGCUCACGAGACGGACCACGACCUGGUUCUGGUGCUGGAAUACGCCGCAGGAGGAGAGAUCUUUGACCUGUGUGUGUCUGAGGAGCUGCUGCCGGAGAACCAGAUCACCCGCCUGAUCCGCCAGACCCUGGAGGGAGUCCACCACCUGCACCAGAACCAGCUGGUCCAUUUGGACCUCAAGCCUCAGAACAUUCUGCUGACCAGCCUGGCGCCGCCCGGAGACAUCAAGAUCGUUGACUUUGGUCUGGCGCGCCGCCUGGGAGGCGCCGGCGAGCUGCGGGAGAUCCUGGGCACGCCCGAGUACGUAGCUCCAGAGAUCCUGAAUUACGAGCCCAUCACCACGGCGACGGACCUGUGGAGCGUGGGCGUCAUCGCCUACAUGCUGGUGACGGGCGAGUCGCCGUUCGCCGGAGACGACAAGCAGGAGACGUACCUGAACGUGUCUCAGGUCAGCGUGGACUACAGCAGAGACGCCUUCACCAGAGUGUCUGAGCUCGCCGUGGACUUCAUCAGGAAGCUGCUGGUCAAGGCGCCAGAGGACCGGCCCAGCGCCGCAGAGUGCCUCAGCCACCCCUGGCUGUGGCAGCAGCCGCCGUGCCUCCUGGUUCCGGAACCGGUUCCCCCCCGCGCCGCCCGGGAGAGGAGCUGCGGCGCCAAGUGGGCCGGGCCGCUGGAGGACAAGGAGAACUUUCUGGACUCUCUGCACGGCAAGCGGUUCCGUCUGGACGAGGAGACGCCUGAGGACGUCUGAGGAGGCGGAACCGUUCUGCUGCCUCCGCUUUUAAAUAGUUUUAAUCUUUCAGAACUUUCUAAUCCGCUUCUCUGAUCGGUCCUCGGACCGGACCGGGCUCUGGUACCGGACUCUGGUACCGGACUCUGGGACCAAAGCAUCUCUUCUGCUUAAACUCUGGUGAAGGCGGCUGACGGAUCUAUUCAGGAAAAUCUAUGCAGUUUGAAUCUAUGCCUUAACGUGUCCAGAACCCGUCCAGGUCCACCGGGCCUCCAGCAGAACCGGCACCCAGCGCCGACCCAGCAUUCCUAGGAGGCGGGCGGUGCCGGCGGGCCCACGGGCCGUAGCUCAGGGUUUUAACCAGCAGCGGGUCACUCGGCGCCGCUCAUCGGGUUCUUCACGGGCCAGACUGGUUCUGGUGUCCUAGUGGAGCAACGAGCCGGUUCUGGUGGUCGGGGGUGGACCGGGAGCCGGAUCAGCGCCAGAACCACAAGGAGGGAGGAGGUGAG